AUGAAUUGCUGGGAAGAACGGCGGUCGGGGCGGGCGGCGACCCAGAAUCACUCGAGCCUGAAGGCUGCGGCCGACACCUCGCUCGACAUGGCCGCCGCUGCCUCCACAUGGGCUGAGGUGCGCAGGAACCUGCGCCGCGCGGCCUGCUCCCACCACCAGGUGAGCCAGGUGGAGGCCAGGAAGCCGGCUCCCAGGCGCAGGGUCAAAGGGUGCAGUCCCUCCCGUGAGCUGCUGCCCAGGGAGUAG